AUGCCGCUCUGCACGCUCCAUCUUGUCGCCCUCCACAGCACCACACCCAACCCCAUCUUAACCUUCCUAUCCACCUUAAAGUCCGCCAACGUCUCACCACUCGUAAUCUCACGCGUAAUCCGCUGGAUAAUCCUCCCAUCAAAGCUCUCAACCGAACACCUCCUCGCCCGAAACAUCCACUGGGAUCUUCUCCUCAUCCUGCCCAGCACCGACGCGCUCCCAUCCUCGCUCUCGAAACUAGUCCAACACCACUGGAGCGUAACAGCCGGAGUCCCCUCCCGCCUGAUCCAGGACUUUGCAUCGAAGAACCAGAAGCUACUGCAUCCAGACCCUAGCUUCGUACCCAAAGUCCAAGAGCAGAAGAGCAACAAAACCACUGAAUCGAGCCAGAGCCUCGAACUUAGCGAUGAGCUGAAUAAAUGGAUCCAGACUUUCGUCAACAGCGGUGCUAAAGAAGGGAAGGGCGCAGUAUCCAUGUUCAACCUCCUCGCCUUCAACCCAGGGAUGAAAGAAGAAUACCUGAAAUACGGUGCCGCAUUCGCCAAAUCAAUCGGCUCUAAGCACGGCGGGAACGCAAAGAUCGUGGGGAAUGCAACACACGUUAAUGGCUCGGCAAUCACCAAGGCAUCCGACAGCAGCGUGGGUACAAAUGGCGAGGUGGGCGGUGGGAACGAUGACUGGGAUGAGAUUGCGCUGGCGCAUUAUCCCAGUAUCUUGCAUUUUAGGGAUAUGUUGGCGAGCGAGGAUUACCAGGAGGUUAAUCACAGGCAUCGUGUGCCGAGUUUGAGGGAUACGUGUAUUCUUAUGACGAGUGAGAUUGCGGUGGAGGAGUUGCUGGGGCAGGGUAAAGGUGGAGCGAAGCUUUAG